UUCAUAAUUAAAUGAGCAUUAUGAGUCGUGCACUUUUGGAUUUUCCAAACUUUUUUUCAUUAAUUACUUGAUUUUUUUUCUUUGUAUGAAUUGCAGCGAAAAGAAUACGUUAAAUAUGCCAAAGUAUUUCCAUUCGCUGAGCUACUUAAUUUCAAAGUACCAAGUAAAUGGUACAGAAGGGUGGUUGGAUCAUUAGAAAUCAUCUGUGGUUUUACUAUGGCCAUUGUCCCCAACCGAAAAAUCAAGAAUACGUCUAAUGUCAUUUUGCUGUGUCUGAUGUUAAUGGCUGUUUAUUCACAUCAUCGACUUGACGACAAACUGGAAAGAACUGCGCCGGCACUGGUAUUUUUAUUCAUGUUGACCGGCAGAUUAGUUAUCGACUCACAGCUUAGCGAUCAAUCAAAAGAAAUCGCUACAGUUAAUGGAAUGGAUGAAAAAAUUAAAAAGCAAGAG